GUUCUCCGCACUCUUACUUUCUUCACCAUUCAUCAUGUCGAGCGAUCAAGCUGUCCAGGACAUCGUAGCGCCUUUGGAAAAUACCAAAAUUGCCUCCGAGCAAAAGGCUGAACAAAUUGUUGACCCUUGGAAUGUUCAGGGAGCCGUUGUCGAUGGCAAGCAACUGGGAAUUGAUUAUGAUCGCCUGAUUGAGUCGUUCGGCACCCGAAAGAUAGAUGAAGCUCUCUUGCAGCGCAUGGAGACCUUGACGGGCCAUAAGCCCCAUGUUCUUCUCAGACGUGGCGUGUUCUUCUCCCACAGAGAGCUGAGCAGGAUCUUGGAUCGAUAUGAGCAAAAGAAGCCAUUCUAUCUCUAUACUGGGCGUGGACCUUCUUCCGACAGCAUGCAUCUGGGACACAUGAUCCCCUUCUUGUUCUGUCAGUACCUGCAGGAAGUUUUUGACUGUCCAUUGGUUAUCCAGCUGACUGAUGACGAAAAGUUCCUAUUCAAACCCAACCUCAAACUGGAAGAGUGCAUCAAGUUCUCGAGACAGAACGCCAAGGAUAUCAUUGCAUGCGGUUUUAACCCCGAGAAGACGUUUAUCUUUUCUAACCUCCUUCAUGUCGGUGGCCCAUUCUAUCACAAUGUUGUGCGCAUCUCCCGCUGCAUCACCUACAGCCAGUCCAAGUCGACAUUUGGCUUCAACGAAAGUGACAAUGUAGGCAAAUCACACUUUGUCUCCAUUCAGGCGGCACCAUCCUUCUCCAACUCGUUUCCUGCCAUCUUUGGGGAUCGCUCGGACAUUCCUUGUUUGAUCCCGUGCGCCAUCGAUCAAGACCCUUACUUCCGUUUGACGCGUGAUGUCGCGCACAGGUUGAAGUAUCCCAAGCCCGCAUUGAUCCAUGCCAAGUUCUUCCCUGCGCUCCAGGGACCUGGCACCAAGAUGAGUGCCUCGGUCGAUAGCUCUGCUAUCUUUAUGACGGACACUGCAGUCCAGAUCAAGAACAAGAUUAACCGUCAUGCAUUCUCGGGCGGUGGAGCGACCAUGGAGCUGCACAAGGAACAUGGCGGCAAGCCUGAGGAAGACAUCCCCUUCCAGUAUCUUUCCUUCUUCCUGAACGACGAUGCAGAAAUUGAGGAGAUCGAGAAGAACUACAGGGCAGGAACGCUCUCGACAGGUGAUCUCAAGAAGCGUUGCAUUGAGGUGCUCCAGAAGUUCGUUGGCGAUUUCCAGACUCGCAAGGCGGCUGUCACGGAUGAGGUCUUGGACUACUACAUGACCCCCAGGUCCAUGGACAUCAAUCUUUCGGCUAAGUAGGACGAUGCGAAAGCAGGCAACACAGACAUUUCAAACCACCUUUGUACAACGUCUAUAUUGUUUUUCAGACCUGUAGACCAGAAGGAAAAUAAACAUCAUAGAGCAACAUUCAGUACG